CUCGGUCAACUGAAGAGAACUCGCAUCAUGGCUUCUCAGGCGGUGCUCCUGUGCGUGUGUGUGGCGGUGGGCGUGGCCAGCGCGGGCUUCCUCGGCUCCCCGGCCGUCUCCUACUCGGCGGCUCCCGCUGUCCACGCGGCCCCGGCGCUUCCAGGAGCGCUGGCGGCCAGGGCUGACGCAGACUACGACCCGAACCCGCAGUACAGCUUCAGCUACAGCGUGAGCGACGCGCUGACGGGCGACGCCAAGCAGCAGCAGGAGAGCCGCAGCGGCGACGCCGUGCAGGGCAGCUACAGCGUCGUCGAGCCGGACGGUGCCGUCCGCACCGUGCAGUACUCGGCCGCGCCCGGCGCCGGCUUCAACGCCGUCGUCUCCCGCUCCGGCGGCGCGCCACCGCCUCCCGCACCCGCCAGGGUCGCCGCGCCCGCGCCCCUGCCUGCCGCCCCCGCCGCUGUCAUCGUCAAGGCUCCCGCAGUGAUCGCCGCCCCCGCUAAGAUAGCGCUGGCGCCCCCAGCCGCUCUGCACGGCGCGCCGCUCAAGAGCUCGCACACCGCCGUCACCACGUCACACGCCAGCUACCAGUACUGA